AUGACAGCGCCAGUAGAGGCUCGCUCGCUGUCUUCACUGACUACACUCUUUGCCAACCCUCCACAGUACCCUCGAAACCCUACUCACAAAGUUCUCGAGCCACUCAAUCUGUACAUCGUUCGAGUACCGGGUAGUAGAGACAUAUUCCUCUCGCCGCUCAAGCCUCCUACCAAGGCAUCCAUCAGCGCUGAAGCAAUCCAGUCGUCGCUCUAUUAUUUCCACAUCUCCACACCACAAGAUGAGGUAGUGAAAGAGUCACUCGAGAAACACCGUCGGUCAUGGAGCGCAGAACAAGGCAGCCGGGUAGAUGAAAUCCAUAGAAAACCGGUUCCUUCAUCCUUCUUUACCGAGCGGUCUACUGGCGAAGCUCCGGAAGAUGAAGCAACAGGCCUUUCACAUUCUUCCAGACCUGUUACCAAGUCCGAGGGAGACAUUCCAGAUGGAAGCCACAUCGAAACAGCCAAGCGCGUUGUAUUCAGGUCGCAGGAUGAGGGCUCUGUGAUUGCACGAAAGCCAGUGGGGCCACGGCCUGACAGUUCCAGGUUGAAGACGGCAGACUCGGGGGUAAUAGAGAGGAAACCUGUGGGGAGCUCUGGUGGAGAUGGAAGAACAGGCCAGAGAGCCUCCACAGAGGUUCCAGCUCAAUUUCGGGCCAUGGACAGUCGUGAAGGCCGGCAGCUGAACUCUGAUGGUUGUCCAGGAAGCCAAUGCUCCUCGAAUUCUGUAUCGCGCUCUAUCACAGAUGUUGCCAGUGCUUCUUCUCAACUCCCGCCGCCGCUUCUUCUACGACCAUCAUAUUCUCUCUCCGAGCAUGAGAUGGGAAACGAUUUCCGCGUCACUAUCAUCCGCAGAGAUCCUAGUUCUGGUUCACAGUGGAAUAUUGGUAGCCUGUCGAGAGUGCGACGACCAGCAAUGAUGGAACAGGAUUCAAUCGGAAUUGAGAUUACGACUCCUGGGUACCAAAAGUUCGCCAGGCAAUUCGAGUCCCAAGCGCCCAAUCUUCAAGCAUACGAUCAAGCCCCAAGAGAACACCAAGGUGGCAGCACUGAAGGGUAUGGCUCCAUUACUCAGAAGACUAACGACUCUCCGGCAAAGGCGUCAAGACGACCAUGCACGCACUUCGAACCAACAUCAUUUACACGUGACAUGACACUAAACAGACCACCAGGUUCCCAGCAUCACCACCACCGUAGCAGUUCCUCGGAGUCCUUCCCAAGUUCUCUACCACAGCUAGCCAGCUCCAUCUCACCCACCACACCAUCGCAGCUCACCUUCUUCUCGCCGUGGAACGGCACCUGCACAUUCACCACCGGCAUGGACGGCCGCAGCCUGAAAUGCAGACACAAACUCCCAUCCUCCAGCACCUCGGAACCGAGCGACAAUUCCGUUCUCGUCGCCGAACUGAGGUUCAACCUACCCUGGAGCGCGCUCCGAAGCAGAGACACCAACACCGAGCCAUCUACAGGUGCUGGCAGAAGGACCAAAACCUCCAACUCCCUCGCCCAUCUCGGCGAAGAUGCCAAACACAGUCUGAAAAGAGGCAUGGCGCGGUUCAGGCAGGAAAUCAAGUCCUCUACCUCUUCCGACACCGAUCUUCGACCUACCAUACCGGGCACCGCGCACGCUCGGGAUACCUCUUCGACCUCCAAUUCUUUCUCUAGUACCUUCCAAUAUCAAUAUGGUGAUGAUUCAGAUGACGAGGCGGCCGCCGCCAACGAUUCCUUCGCCUCUUCUUCUUCCGGCCGGAUGGACCUGAAACUCGGUCGCGAACGCGCCGGAGGCGGCAGGAAAGGCAAGAGUGCCAAGUUGGGCAAGUUGGUGCUGAGGGAUGAAGGGCUGAAGAUGGCGGAUCUGGUUGUCGCGGCCUGUAUGGGGGUUUGGUGGAAUGUCUAUGAGGGGAGGGGUGUGGAAGUUUAG